AUGGCGCCUGUGACGCAAACAGACCAGGAUCUUGGAGAGGGGCCACCAAAGUAUACAUCCAGUGGAAAGAGGCGCGAGCAUACCGAGCUGCCCCCGUCACUACAGCGGAUUGUAACGCAGGAAGAUGAAGACGAGAGUAUCUACGACGAAUACUGGGCUGGAGAGUACAAUGAGCCUGUGCCAGCCGUGCGCUAUGCAGCGUACACGUCAAGGCUUCGCACUCUAACGCUGUCGCUGCAGCGAUACCUCGCAUACACCUCCAAUAUCAGCGAAUCGGUCGGACCUAUAUCUAGCCCUUAUAUUCUAACCGGCGCACACGCUGUGUCCUGGGGGUACAUUCUAUGGGAUGCUAUUCACGAGAGCCGCAAGGCAUCCCACAAAAUCCCACAACUUGAUAUGGAUGCCGCGUCAGCUCACCCCCGAGUGGCUGCACUAUCGAAGGAUUAUCGCCUUGUCGGCAUCCAACGCAUUUUAUUUCACAGCCUGGCUAGCAUGGCCCUCCCUGCCGCCACAAUCCAAGGUGUUAUGAAGUGUACAAGCUGGAUGAUGAAGGACAUAAAGAACACGCGUCUUCGGACGACUGGCACACUGGGCCUUGGGUUAUCUGUGAUACCAUUCUGCCCGUAUAUCUUCGACAAACCAGUGGCGAAAGCACUAGACUGGGCUUUUAACAAAGCGCUUUGA